AUGCUUUAUCUUUUCGUGUUAUUUCAUUUUGCAACAUCAAAUGAUGUGAAGUGGUGUUUUAAUAAUUCCGUAUUAAAAUGUGUUUUACAUUCAGAAGAAUGUCUUUACAAUUCAUCAAUAACACUUUUUAAUAACACAAUUUACUUUUCACGUUUCUUAGGUAUCGUAAACUCAAAUCCGGUAUAUUCAAAAAUAGACGUGGACUGUGUGUAUAACACCGAAUUGUUUCUCAUUAAUUUUCCAUCAUGUUUUCUCGUCAAUUUUACUUCUUCCAAAACUUCGAAAAAAUUCAAAAGAACUUCAAAAAGAAUUUCAAAAAGAACAACAACUGAAAAUCUUCACAUCAUUUUCAAUAAAAAUUCUUCAAAAUAUCAAAUUUCAUUUUCUUCAUCAUUUCGUUCAAUUUCAAAUUCUUUUUCAAAAUUUUUAAAACACCGAAAUUUUUUUAAUAAAAUUUCCACACGACUUGUCACUUCCAAAAAUUCUUUUUCACAAUUUAAAACUUCGUCUUGUGAGAAAAUUUCAUAUUGCAGCGAAUGUACUCCAAUCAGUGACAACAAUGAAAAUAUUACAAGUGAUGAUGUUAUAUGUACUUCUUGUGAAACCAGCUAUUAUUUAUACAACAACACCUGUCAGAAAUGCUCGUUGACAUGCAACACGUGCAAAGAGAUAGCAACACAGUGCACUUCGUGUUAUGAAGGAGUUAAUUAUUUAAGAGAGUACAAGUGCACACAAUGCCAAAAUUGUGCGAGCGGAUUUUGUUAUCAAAAAGGUUGCACUCAGUGUGUGUCAGAAAAUUACUACAGAGAGUACCACGACUGCCUUCCCUGCGACAAAUCGUGUAAGUCGUGUUACGGAAAGACAACCCAAAAUUGCCUCUCGUGUUAUAACGGUAGUUAUUUGUUCAAUAAAAUGUGUGUUUUGUGCGAUAUAAAUUGUGCAUUAAAUUCUUGCAUCGACAACAUUGGAUGUGUCAAGUGUGUCAAUGAAAGUUAUGCAGAAAACGGCGUGUGCCAUUUCUGUAAUAACAUAGAAAAUUGUAUUCAUUGUGAUUCAGAGAAAAGAAUGUGUUUAGAGUGUACUACUAAUUUUAGUGUAAAUAGUGAAGGAGUUUGUGUGUGUAAAGACGGCUAUUAUUUAUCUUCACAAAACGCGUGUCUGCCAUGUUAUACCAAAUAUUCAAAUUGUAAGAAGUGUUACUCUCAAGACAAUGAAUAUGACACUUUCUGUGUUGAGUGUUAUACUCCAUAUAUUUUGACUACAAAUAACACGUGUGAAAAAUGUUCUUCAAAUCAUUUUUUUGACAAUGGAAAGUGUCGUUUAAACACUGUUGGUUGUUUAAAACAAAUAAAUAAUAACACUUGUCUUAUGUGUCAAACCAAUUUUUAUCUUCAGAAUUUUACAUGCAAAGAAAACACUGAAGAAAAGCACUGUCUCACGCAGUCGAGUGUUACAUGUGAAGACUGUGGAAAUUCAAUUUCGGUGUCUGGAAUGUGUAUAAACGAAGAAAAAUGUAAGUAUAUAUAUUCAUCUUAUAGUAAAGACUAUUAUAAGUGUUUUCAAUGUGAAGAUAACUUACUAUUAAGUGAUGAUAAUAAGAGAUGUAUAAAUAAAAGUGAUGAUAUAACACUGAUACGAAAUGACGUGUUAUAUGCAUGUUUAAUUGAAGAGUAUUUAAAUCAAAAUAACAAGUGUCGACGGUGUAAUGACAAUUCUACAAAUAUUAUAAGUCAAUGUAUUUUAUUUAACUCAACUUUACAAACUAUAACAUGUGAAGAGAAGUUUGUAUAUGACAUUCAUUUAAAUGAGUGUUAUUUAAAUGAUAAUUGUGUUACCAUACAAAACGGAGAUUGUGUGAAAUGUGACACAACAACUUCAAAUAGUUAUUUACAAGAGAAUAAAUGUGUCACAAAUAAUAUCGAAAAGUGCAACAAAUACAGUGCAAAAAUGUGUAUCACAUGUACUCAAAAUUAUUUAUUGUCUAUAUCAAACACAUGUGAAGAAUACACUCUUUUUAAUUGCGAGAAAGCAAAUAGCGUGUCUUGUAUACAAUGUACUUCAAAUACCAUGCGAAGUGGAGAUUCCACUUAUUGUACUUUUCUUAAUAAUACUAUCAAAUAUUUAAUAAAGACAUUUAAUUCAAAAAUAAUUAUUAACGAGUGUGAAAAGAAUUAUAUUUUAUAUAAUAAUUCAUGUCAUGUGACAAUGGAUGAUACCACUAAAUCUACAUCUUUAUCUUUAUGUCAAUUUUUAACACCAAAAGGGUGUCUGCGGUGUUUCCCGACUUAUUAUAUAGACCAUAAUAAUAAUACGUGUCAAAGUUGUUUAAAUAGUCCAUCACAUUGUUUAUAUUGUAACAAUCAAACUUUUUGCACAAAAUGUGACACUCCUCAGUAUUAUCUCAAUUCACAAAAUCAGUGCGAAUUGUCUUCUCAAUUACAACAGAAGUGUGCAUUGAUGAUGCCAAAUAACAUUGGAUGUGCUCUCUGUAAAUCUUCAUAUUAUAGAAAAGGGGAUGAUUGUAUAUCAUGUGACAUAUCCUGUGCCAUUUGCAUUGACUCUUUCAGUUGUAUUACAUGCCAAAAAGACUAUUUUUAUAUUCAAAGCGAAACUCCUUUAUGUCAGAAUUACGACAAUUUGACUCAUUGCAUUUUAAAGUCUUCAAAUGGAUGUGUUAAAUGUGAAAAUGGCUAUUAUUUAGACUUCUUUAUCCCACGCUGUGUUUCUUGUCCAGAAAUGUGUCUUUCGUGCACUUCAUAUUCAACAUGCACUUUAUGUGAAAUUAAUUUCAUUUUAUUGAAUGGCGUCUGUUCACAUUUUUCUAUAUUAGAAAAUUGCGCCGCAGCCUCGAAUAACACGUGCACAAAAUGUAAAAACAACAAAAAAGUCUCAAAAGAUAAACUUUCGUGUGAUAAAAAGGUGAAUAUAAAAUUGGCUAUAAGUCUUCCAGUUGCUAUUAUAAUACUAUUAAUAGUACUUUUAAUAGUAUUAAUAGUUUUUAUUAGAAUGAGUGACAAAUAUAACAACAAUUACAAGAAGAUGAAGAACAUCUGUGUAUUUAAAAUGAAGCACUCGAACAUCAGAUUCGCUCGAAUAUCAUUGAAUUUAGUUUCUAAUAUUCCACAAAUUAGUUUUGGAGGCGAAAAAGAAGCAAAUGAAAAUAAUGAAAUUUCUGUGGAACAAGAGACUCGGGCGCUGUAUUGUGUGGGAAACAUUUCAGACGACAAACAAAGAGUUCAAUUUAGUGUUUUAGAAGACUGUGAAUUAUAUGAAAUUCGGACUGUUCCCGAAAUAGUUAUAUUAAACAGUGACGAGGCGUGUGAGUUUGAGAUAUUUAUUAAGCCAAAUUGCUCCUGUUACAUCGAAGACGUCAUUUUGUGUAUUUCAGUCGACUUAAAAACCGGCGAGCAAACUUCGACGAAAAUAGAAAUCAACGCAAAAACAAUAAAAACUACUAAACUGAAUAAUUCGGAGUUACUGGAAGACUCUAAAGUUGGCGAAGGAUCUUUUGGUGUUGUUUAUAAAGGCAAAUUCAGAGACAAUAUUGUUGCUAUUAAACGACUUAAAAACACUACAAUGACUGAAAAUGCCAUUAAAGAAUUUGAGAAGGAGGUGAGUAUGUUGGACAAAUUCAGAUGCGAUUAUAUCGUCCAUUUCUAUGGCGCUGUUUUAAUACCAAACAAACUCUGUUUGGUCACCGAAUUUGCUCAAUUUGGCAGUCUAAAAGACUUGAUUAAUAAGACGGAAAAUGUCAAUAAAAAAGUGCAAAUUACUUUGGAAAUGCCAAGCAAAAAGUUGAAAGUAAAAUAUUUGUGUGACAUGGCGAGAGGUAUUUUGUAUUUGCAUAAUAACGGAAUAGUCCAUAGAGAUAUCAAACCGGAUAAUUUACUGAUUUUUUCAAUGGAAGAAGCAGACAAAUUCCACGCCAAAUUGACUGAUUUUGGAAGCGCAAGAAAUGUCAAUUUGUUGAUGACAAACAUGACUUUCACAAGAGGAAUUGGUACACCAAAAUAUAUGGCACCAGAAAUUCUAAAGAAGGAAAAAUACACAAUGUCGAGUGAUGUGUAUUCAUUUGCUAUUACAAUGUUUGAAACUUUUAGUUGGAAAGACCCAUUUCCAAAAGUUAAGUUUGGAUAUGCGUGGAAUGUCGCUAAUUUUGUGUCAAGUGGAAAACACUUAGAAAAAGAUGUAAACAUAUCAAAUGAGGAAUUCAAAAUCAUUGAAGAAAUGUGGUGCUUUGAAGAAUACAAGCGGAUUAAAAUUGGUGAAGUCGUGCAAAAACUUGAAUUGUUGAAUUUAUAA